GUUACACCUUAUGUGUGAGCUAAAAUACUAUUGCUAAUUAGUAAUUUGUCACAACACUAUAAUUUUUGAUAGUUUUAAGUGGGCAAUAUGGUAUUGGGUUCUUUUGUAACAUUGAUGUUCUCAUUAUAUUUUAUGUCAAAAAAAAUGGUUGAAGCUUUAUCUACUGGAUUUCAAAAUUUAUAUGAUACAUUUACUAGGUCGAUAAAUACCGAAGGUAUACGACAAAAUGGACUUCGUGAAACCUACAUAGUUCCCAAAAGUACUAUUAACACUGGUGAAACAAUACCCCAGCGAUACCGACAAAAGGUUCGGAGGAUUUUUGUAUUUGACACUAAACAAGUUUGUCACGCUAAAGAGUCAAAAUGGCCGAUUUUGAAAGAAAGAAAACUACGUCCUUUUGUAGGACAGUGUUGUCCGGUUUGCAUACCUUUCACAGCAAAUGGUCAUAUAAAAGUGGAAUCCAAUUUAAAAAACUUGUUGGACAUUUACAGUAUCGGUCUCUUUAAGAAAUCGUUGUUUGGGUCUCACAUUGAUGCAAUUAAGUUUUUCUACAUGUUGAAAAAACAGAAGUACAAAUAUGUUUCAAAUGAUAUUCUCAAUGACGAAGUUGUGAAGAAUGUUAUUACAGUAGUCUCACGUGAAAAGUUUGCUGAUACUUCGGAAGGAGAUGUCAGUGAUUUAAGCAAAGAGUUACAAAUUCAAGAAAUAAAAGCAAAAAAUAUUUUAAAAGUAAUGGCUUCGAGAAUUUCAAAUGUUAUAUACAAGGUCGUUUCGUGUGUUGCAUUUUAUUUAUUUUCUUGGACGACUUCUAGCCUUGUUGUACAGCCUAGUCAAAUUGAAAAAGUCAAAGAAGCUGAACAAAGCGGAUUACCAAUCAUUUAUUUACCAUUACAUAAAAGUCACUUGGAUUAUAUUCUUUUGGGAUUAGUUUUAACCAUGUACAAUAUAAAGCCACCUUUAGUGGCCGCAGGGGAUAACCUUAGAUUUUUUUUUUUCAGCAAUUUAUUAAGUCGUCUCGGUGCUUUCUACAUCAAAAGGCAAAUGCAAUCAAACAACAAUGAGAAAGACAAACUUUAUUGGUCAAUAUUGAGUAGUUAUAUAAAAAAUAACUUGAAAUCAGGACAUCACAUUGAAUUCUUUUUGGAAGGUGGUCGAACACGAAGUGGAAAAUGCUGUGUACCCAAGGGCGGAUUAUUGAGUAUAAUAGUAGAUGCCUAUCGCGAAGGAGUUAUUGAAGACGCAUGGAUUGUACCUAUAUCAAUGAAUUAUGAUCGUUUAUUUGAAGGUGAUUUUGUUAGAGAACAACUUGGUCAACCGAAAAAAAGUGAAACGUUUUUUGCAACUCUAUUGACAUUCAUUCGAUCUAUUUGUUCACCACACGGCAUAAUGAGAGUGGACUUCAAUGCUCCAUAUAAACUAAGGGAUUUAUACGAGUCUAUAGAUAAAAAGCUAAAAUUAGAAAACAUUGAAGGGGCUGGUUCUUUAGAUCUAGUUGAAAAUAAUAAAUAUAAACAAAUAGUUGAUGCGAUGGCCAGACAUAUUAUUUAUGAUUGUUGGAAAUCUACAGCGACUAUGUCGACAAAUGCCAUUAGUUUUUUACUGUUAAAAAAGUAUAGAAAUGGUACUACGGUCGAACAGCUGGCCAAAGAUUUGUCAAAAUUACGCGAUAAACUUAAAUCAUCAAACAGAGACAUUGGUUUUAGUGGUAGUUCUAAGGAUGUAGUUCAACACGCAGUUAGUAUUUUGGGACCAAAACUAGUUAUUUGUGAGAAAAAAAAUUCGGAACUUGUCAUUAAGCCUGUGCUUGAAGUAAAUAGUUUAAUAGAACUGUCAUAUUAUGGAAAUAGUUUAUUAUCUUAUUAUUGUCAUCAGUCACUAGUUGCAAUUGUAUUAAGUUAUAUGGUGGGUUCAGAAUUUUGGAGUUUAAAUGUCUCUGAAGUACUGGUAUCACGUCAGAUUUUGUUGGAGUGGAUUGUUUGGAUAACUGAACUGUUGAAGUACGAUUUUGUCUUUUUAAAACCUUGUCAAAACAUCGAAGACGUACUUGAUUCGAUCAUUCAAAUUUUUGAAGUUGAAGAAAUAAUCACAAAAGAACAGCUCCUUGAUGAAGAAAGACAAGGACAAAAAAUGGCAAAAUAUUUUGAUAGUGAUUCAGAAGAUGAUUAUAUAAGGCCUGUAAUUGAUAUUAAUUAUCAUGUGAAAGCAGAUCAAAAUAGCUUAAAUAAAUUGAAAUUUUUUAGAUCUAUUAUGAUGCCAUUUUUGGAAUGUAUGGCUGAAUGUGCUUAUAGUUUUAUUGCCUCACCUUAUGAGACAGUAAGAGAAAAUGAUCAAAUACAAACCAUUUUAACGCAAAUGCAAGAUAACUUUGCUGGUGGAUAUCUAAUUUAUGGUGAGAGUAUUUCUGUUGAAACUAUUAAACACUCAUUUUUAUCAUUUGAGCAACUCGGCUGCCUCUCAAUUCAAAAGAUUGAUAAUAUUAAGAUGCUAAGUAUGAUAGACGAAUCAAGAACAAAUAUGGAAAAAGUAUUGAGCUAUCUCGAAUUAUUUGUGGAACCCACUGCUUAAAUAUUUAUAUACUUGUGUUUAUUUUCAAAUUAUAUUAUAUUGACCAGUAUUAUAUUAUUUGUAUCAGUAAAAUAAGUGAACCAAUUAUUUUGACUUUGGGUUUACUAUUAUUUUUUUAUUAAGUUAAAUUAUUAGAAAAACAUUUUUAAUACCGUACAAUUUGGUAAAACUGA